CGCCAAUCCUAGAAACUUUCGCUAAAAUAGUAGAGAAAGAAAAAUACGUCUAUCUGUUUGUUGAUCUUCUUAAUCUUUUCUAUAGCAGUGAAGAAGACCAUGACAAACAUGCACAAGCUGAUUAUAACAGUCACAGCCAUAAUUGUACAAAUGACGUCACUGAGAGGAGGGUUGGUGUUUGAUGACAUUGCUGCCAUCAGAGAAAAUCGUGACGUCCGGUCAACAAUGUCCUGCUUAAGCUUGUUUUUUAACGAUUUUUGGGGAACUCCAUUGCACAAGGAACAAAGCCAUAAAUCAUAUCGCCCUUUAACCGUGCUCACUUUUCGAUUGAACUACAUUUUCCAUGGUUUACAUCCAUUAGGUUAUCAUGUAGUCAACGUCCUGCUCCACGUUGUAGUGUGUCUACUGUUCCACAGAAUGUGCAACCUGUUUUUAUCACAGCUCACCAGCUUUGUUGCGGCGUUGCUCUUUUCCGUCCAUCCCAUACACACUGAGGCGGUUGCCAGCGUCGUAGGUAGAGCGGAACUUCUGUCAGCAAUUUUCUUCAUCUGUGCCUUUAUCCGUUACGUACAAGAAAUUCGCAAACGCGAAUAUAAAGGGUGGCGCUGUUGUGUAGAAACCUUAACAAUGGGCGCAUCAGGGAUGUUUUGCAAAGAACAGUGUUUAACUGUUUUGAUCGUCUGCAGUAUCUAUGACUUAGCUCAUCACAUGCCGCUAGAAAAAAGGAUGUUAUCUCCAUGGAUACGACAGUCCCUAUGGAGAGUAGGAUUUCUCAUCAUGUCUGCAGGUUUUCUUUUAACUCUACGACUAAAACUGAUGGGAUGGAAUUUGCCAGUUUUUAACAGGUUUGAUAAUCCAGCUUCUGCCGCAUCAUAUCCGGUUCGACAUCUCACCUACAAUUAUUUGUUGUCCCAAAACAUUUGGCUGUUACUAUUUCCUUAUGACCUGUGCUGUGAUUGGACGAUGGGAACCAUUCCACUCGUGGAAAGAUUCUCGGAUGUCAGAAAUAUAAAUACAAUCGCAAUGUAUGUUAGUUUUGUCAGCGUGUUGAGUGUUGCAACAUUAAGAGGAAAGGAACGGAAAUCACAUCUUGCCGCCCUCUGUGUGCUGGUAAUCCCUUUCAUCCCAGCAUCCAAUUUGUUUCAUCCCGUGGGGUUCGUUCUCGCAGAGAGAGUUCUCUACAUACCGAGCAUGGGAUUUUGCAUGUUAGUGGCUACCGGCUGGACUAUCUUGUGGAGAGGAAGAGCCCGAAUGCUGGCCGUGACUGCUCUACUACUGCUAAUUAUUUCUCAUGGAUUUAAGACAGCUUACCGCAAUCUCGACUGGUACUCGGACUAUACGCUGUUUUCUUCAGCGUUGAAAGUAACUCAGAGAAAUGCAAAAAUUUUCAACAAUCUUGGGAAAGCCUUGGACAAACAAUCGCGCCACGAUGAGGCUCUUUACUUUUAUCAGCAAGCGAUUAGAGUUCAACCCGAUGAUAUCCGCGGAUAUUUGAAUGCAGGAAAUGUUCUCACUCGCAUGAAGAGAUAUCAGAAAGCUGAAGACAUGUAUUUGAAGGCAAAAAGUCUCUUACAUCCUUUUAACGGCGGGACAUCUCGAGUGUUGCGUGUCACUCAAAGUUAUCUACAGGUUUUGGUUAGCCUAGCUUCUCUUUUAUCGUUAAACAGCACUCGCUUGGAGGAAGCAGAUAACCUCUAUCGGGAGGUCAUCUCAAUCAGGACGGACUUUACAGAAGCUUACGUAAACAGAGGAAAUCUUCUUCUAAAACUAAACAGAUCCAAAGAAGCAGAAACCAUGUAUUGUCGUGCUUUGGAAUUCGAUCAACUUAACCCUGAUAUAUAUCAUAACCUUGGAGUAAUUCUUAUUGACCAGGGAAGAAACUAUGACGCCCUCUCGUUCUUCAACAAAGCUUUGGAAAUUGACCCAGACCACGGGCCAGCUUUGAUGAAUUCGGCUAUUUUGAUUCAAGAAUCCAACAUGCCUCCAGGAGAUCAAAGAAUCGCAAACGAAAGAUUGCAGAAGAUAGUGAACGACGGGAAGGAAAACGAACUUGUGUAUUUCAACCUGGGAAAAGUGGCUUUGGAGAGAAAAGACCUGGCCCUCGCUGAGGAGUGGUUUAGAAAAGCGCUUGAGGUGCGACCUCACCUCAAAAGCGCCCUUUUCAAUCUGGCCUUACUUAUGACUGAACAACAACGACCCCAAGAGGCAAUUUUGUAUUUAAGAAAACUUCUAGAGACUCAUCCUGAUCAUAUGAACGCAUUAAUCUUGAUAGCGGACAUUUACGUGAAUCACUUUAAAGAUCUGAAGGCAGCAAAACAAUGUUAUAAGAAGAUUCUUCGGAUCAACCCUCGGCACAUGCAAGGCCUACAUAACCUCUGCGUGGUCUAUUACCAAGCUGGUGAGCUGAGAGAGGCAGAAUUAUGCUUUCUUAACGCCGUCAAUCUACACCCAAAAGUAGAAUACAUUCAACGUCAUCUAGAGAUAACUAGAAAACAGCUUCGCAGUAUUUCACAUCAUCCAAGGAAUCCUUCUAAAGUGAAAAUCUCAGAGACUGAAUCAUCGAGUGACAAACAGGUCUCAAGUUCGCCUACAUCAGAAAGAUAGAAAGCAGUUUUAUUAACACAUAUAUGUUUUGGAUAUAUCGUCUUCAUUUAGCACAUGCUUUAUUAGCAUAUCUUCAAACCAGCAAGUACCGCCGUUGAGACGAUAGCGUAUCACGGUCUAUUUACUAUGCCAGCCUGCUAACGUUGGUAUUUUUAUUAUUACAAAUGCUGUUAGUGCAACGGCAAUGUUAACAUGGCUUACUAAUAGUUAAAACGAUCUUGAUUGCAACGAAAGUGUUAUUAUGGCAUGGCAAUAGUUAUAAAUUCCUUGAUAUCUUCAUGACCACAGCAUAAAAAAAAACUAAUGGCAACAGUAAGGCCACAUGGAUUUAUCACGGUAACAUAUAGUAGUCAAAAGAAUGUACCUGUAAUAAGAUCAUUAAGGUAUCUCAACAAUUUAUACUUAGUGGCGUUAUUACAGUUUACAGUGUAUUUAUAAUGACACUAGUGUCGUAUUCGAACUCCUCAUGCCUAAAGGUGGUAUUAUGGUAUAUCUCUAAUACACCUCUCAAAUCAUUUCUUUCUGUGUCUAGGAUCCUCAUAUAUUUUUAAUCAAACAAAUUUUGUGAAUUUUAAUUCCAUUGACAUAUAUUAAUUGUUAAAUUCCAUGUUUCUGCCCGUGUGAGACAUUAAAAUCUAAAGAUUG